CUGCCGGGGACCGUGCGGCCCAAAUAAGUCCUCAUCCCAGAGAAGGGUGUGUCUGCUGGAGAGGGAAUGGCUGGGGCUGCCAGAGCUUGGAACAAAAGAGAAUAAGCAAUCAGAAGGCAGCAGCUUGCCACGCCGAGCAGAGCGAGGCUGUUUUCCUGGAGUGAGAGGAAAAAUGUGGGAGCAGCCAGCCCGCUGCCCUGUGGGCCCCUGCCUGCCCCCGCCCCUGCCCAGGGUCCAGGCUGGGGCAGAGCUGCCCGCCGGAGGGCUGCUUCUGGGGCUGUGGGCUGCUGAGCUCGCCCUGUGCGUGCAGAGCUGUGAGCCCGGAGCAGGCAGGACUGUUGUGGAAACUAUCCGCAGACUUGGAAGGCCCGAGCAAGGCAGCGCAGCCCCGGUUUUGCUGUCCUCGCUCUGCCAGCUCCUGAGCCUCAUGAGGCCGUCAUCCCUGAGGCAGUACCUGGGCCCUGAGACCGUGCUGCCUGGCCAGGAGCAACAGCCAAAAGCCAGUGCCCAGCUCGACCACAAGGUCUGCUACCUGUGCCACAGCCUCCUGACCCUGGCCGGGGUGGUGGUCAGCUGCCAGGACAUUACUCCAGACCAGUGGGGAGAGCUGCAGCUGCUCUGCACGCAGUUGGACCGCCACAUCAAUACCCAUAUCCGGGAGAGCCCCCAGGCCAUGCAUCGGACCACUCUCAAGGACCUAGCUGCCCAGACCUACAUCCGCUGGCAGGAGCUGCUGGCACACUGCCAGCCCCAGGCCCAGUACUUCAGCCUCUGGGAAGGCAUCUAAUGGAGCAGGGCAAGGGUGGCCCUGCGCUCCUGGCUCUGGCAAGCAGUGAACACAGCCUAGGUAACGAGUCAUGGAGAAUGGCGGCCAGGGGAAGACCAACCAGCCGAAGCGAGCGCCUGCCUCCCCCACUGCCCUGAGGCCCGCUGGGCAAGGGUUCUGCCUCCAUCCCUUCCCCAUCGUCUCUACUCCCCACGGCCGUCAUCUCCAAAACUCGGGUUUCCCUGGGCCUCCCGAGCCCCCCGGCCACCCUCCUCCCCACCCUCCUCCACUUCUCCGUGUGUCAUUUAUGUGAGGGUUCUUUGUGCACACUAAAGUCUCAGCAUCAGUGGUUUAGAA